CCCACAGAAGAGGAAAGAAAAUAGUUUUCUUUUCUUUUUUCUUUACUAGAGAAAAAGAGAAAAAAAAAUCCAGUCUCUCUCUCUUUACUCACUGCAUCAACACCACCUCCUCCAUCCUUUUGAAGCAUCUUAGAGAGAGUGAGGGUUUGGUGCUUGUCCUGUUCUUGUCCUUUUUUGUUGUAGAAAGAUUAGUUCUACUUUUUUUUAGUGGCUUCGUUUUGUUGUUAAUGCUAUCUUCUUGAGUGAAGUUUGCUUAGUUUCACACUUAGAAAAAUGGGUUGUUUUCAGAUUUGAUAGUUACCGUUGCUUCCCAUGAUAAAAUUCAAGCAGGAUUUAUCUAUCUUAUCAAGGUCUCUGUUCUUGCUCUGUUUCCCCCUGUUUCAGGAAAAAUCAAAUGGGUUUGCCUUGUUCUGUCUCUUGUUACCUUUGUUCACCUUCUUGAUUUCUUACUCUUUGUCUUUGAUCUGAUUUGUAAGGAAAGAAAAGGACUUUUAACAAGCAAGUGGGCUGCCUUUCUUCUUGGAGAUCUUAGUCAAGAAACAGGGGACUAAAUGGAGCACCAGCAUCAUUUUCUUCAUGGUCAUAAUGAACACCAACAAAUUCAUCAGAAACAAAUGAACCCUGGGUUAACAAGGUAUCAAUCCGCACCGAGUUCAUAUUUAUCAAAUAUUUUGGACAGAGACUUCUGUGAAGAGUUUCUCAAUAGGCCGGCAAGUCCGGAAACAGAACGAAUUCUCGCGAGAUUUUUAGCCAGUUCUAGUGGUAAUACAGAGAAUAUAUCAAGUCAAAAUCUUUGUGAGAUCAAGCAAGAUUCUCCAGAAGCAGUUUCACAAACUAAUCAGCAACCCCAGAUGGUGGCUGCAAUGAAUAAUCUUGGCAGUGACACAAGACUGCAGCAGCAGAGCAAUUACUCUGCCUCACAGGGUUUUUAUCAAAAUCAAUCAAAACCUCCAUUACCAGAUCAGAAGCCAGGUUCUGGAAUGAAUUAUAGAUCAAUGAAUUCAAUGGGAAUGGAGAGGUUGCCUUCCAUGAAGACUAGUAGUAGCAAUAACUCGAAUCUAGUUCGACAUAGUAGCUCACCUGCAGGGCUUUUCUCCAACAUAAAUAGUGAAUUUGAAAAUGGCUAUGCUGUCUUGAGAGGUAUGGGAGAUCUUGGAGCAGGUAAUAGAGACACAAACUAUUCUGCAGCCAGCAGGCCACCUCCUUCUUCAGGGAGAAUGGGUCCAGUUGCUGAAAUGGGAAACAAAAACAUGGGAGAAAAUAGCCCAGAGAGUGGUAGUUAUAGUGAAACUCGCAGCAGUAAUUAUGUCUCAGGUUACCCUAUUGGAUCUUGGGAUGAUUCUGAAACUCAGCAGAAUGAAGAGGGAGGAAAUCGCCCUCCGAUGUUGGUUCAUCACAUGAGUUUGCCAAAAACCGCAGCAGAAAUUUCAGCCAUCGAGAAGUUCUUGCAAUUUCAAGAUUCCGUGCCUUGCAGGACUAGAGCUAAGCGUGGUUGUGCUACUCAUCCAAGAAGCAUUGCUGAGAGGGUGAGAAGAACUAGAAUCAGUGAACGAAUGAGGAAACUCCAGGAUCUUGUACCUAACAUGGAUAAGCAAACAAACACAUCAGACAUGCUCGAUUUGGCUGUUGACUACAUCAAGGACCUUCAAAGACAAGUCCAGACACUUUCAGAGAUUCGUGCAAGGUGUGCAUGCAUAAACAAGCAGCAGCAGCAGCCCUAGUCGAAAAGGUCGAAGUAUGAAUAUUAGUUUAUGUGUAUAGAACCAAUAAGAAUUUGCAAGACAAGAGAUGAAGGCAAAGCUGGGUUCUCUCUUGCACUGAAAAAGAUGAAGAUACUGCUUAUAGCCAGGGAGGGCUACAUUUAUUAUGUGGGGAUGGGAGUGAAGAUCGAAUGCCCCAGAAGCUAAUUAACUAUAAGAUAUUAAGAUUCAUCCAACCCCAACCCUAUGUUGCUUAUUGAUUAAAGGCUUGGUUUUUUAUGCGGCUGUACCGUAUUUUUUUAGCUUUAAAUUAAUAUUUUUUAGUGUUUUUUUAUUGUUUUAAUAUGCUAAAUGUUAAAAAUAAAUAAAAAAUAUAUUAUUUUGAUGUA